UUGUCCUCAUUUCUGUCUUGUUUAUCUUCUAUGGCAAUAGCUGUCUUUUGUAUACUUUCUGGUUUUGGGAGAAUGUCAGUGAAGCUUUUCACAAACUCGUCUUUGCUUCAAACCCAAAUCCAAUUAUCCACCAAAAAAUGUCCUCCUUACAAGAAUUGCUCACAGAUGAAAGACUUGAACUUGGAAAAAAGUACCCAAAAAGCCCAAAACCAGUGAAACACAGAGAAAGAGUUGCACCAGACGAAUCUAUAGGUCUGCUGCCUAUAUACAUCUGCCAUGGUCGAAAAAGUUACGACUUUUCCAACCACGAGGCUCAGAAGCCUGCCAUGAGAAAAGGGUCGUCUAGAAGGGUGAGUUCUACUUCAGAGAGAUCAAAUUCCAAGUCACUGGUUUCAGAGAGUUCCAGAACUAAUGAGCGUGCCAUUGAUGAAGUUGCCACCAGAGCUGUGAUUUCUAUACUUAGUGGUUGUGCAGGCCGGUAUAUAAAGGAUGAAGCUUUCCGGGAAACAAUCUGGGAAAAAUGCAGUUGUUGUUUGGUGAGAAAGAAAAAGGAUGAGGACAAUGAGAUGUUUGCAAACUUGGAAUUGGGUAUUGAAAGCAUUAACAAGUUGGUGGAAGAUCAAUGGUCAUCAAAUAAGGAAUUAAGGAAGAAAACAAUAAGGAAUUCGAUUCGGGUUUUGAGCAUUGUUGCUUCCUUAAACUCUAGCAAGUCCAAAAAUGGUUCAACAUGUGGAACACCCAAUUCACAUCUCUCUGCUUGUGCUCAGCUCUACUUGGCAAUUGCUUACAAGAUUGAGAAAAAUGACCCGGUUUCGGCUAGGCAUUUACUUCAAGUGUUCUGUGAUUCACCGGUUUUAGCUCGAACCCAUUUGCUUCCUGAUCUUUGGGAGCAUUUCUUUCUUCCACAUCUUCUUCAUGUGAAGAUUUGGUAUGCCAAGGAAGCUGAUGGUCUUUCAAACUCAGAGGACCCUGAGAGGGAGAAGAAAAUGAAAGCCAUAACCAAGGUCUAUAAUGACCAAAUGGAUAUGGGAACUACACAGUUUGCUCUGUACUACAAAGAGUGGCUUAAAGUUGGGGUUGAGGCCCCUCCUCCUGUUCCUCCUAAUAUACCUAUACCUUCAAUAUCCAGUUGCAGAUCAUCAAGAAGGAGAUCAUCUGAUUCUUACACUUCACAUUCCUCAUUAAACAAAAAUUUAUACCGAGCCGUAUUUGGCCCCACGCUUGAACGAAGAUCACUAGACCUCCUUUAUGAUCGAACUGGAGUUUCUAAUGCUACUUGGGGUUUGCAUGAGGAGGAGGGAAAUCUGUGGGCAGAUGAAGAUAAUUACAACAAUCUCAGUUAUGUUCAUAGAGGGGGCAGGACUGGACGAAGGUCAUCCAGCCAAAAUCAUAGAAAUCCAAAAACUGAGUUUUGGCCUGAGCCUGAGACGCAAAAAUCAGACUAUUUUGGAUUCUUUAGGUGCCAGAAUGGACCAACCGAAUGCUUGGUGAACAGGAACCUUAUUGUCAAAAGUAAUUCAAUCCGGAAAGAAGACAAUUCCCAUCUUCCUUCAAGCAAUUUAAGCAGUGCUAUUAGCACUAUUUACUCCUCGGAUAAUCUAAUGGAUUGCGAAAUUGCAAUUCGUGUAAUUACUAAAGCUUGGUUGGACUCACAUGGUGAUCCUGUCAUUGAAGCUGAGUUAGCAAAGGCACCUGUUAUCCAGGGAAUGCUGGAGGUGUUGUUUGCUUCCACCGACGAUGAAAUUUUGGAAUUAGUCAUAUCAGUGUUAGCUGAAUUUGUAGCAAGAAAUGAGAUGAACAGACAUAUUAUACUGACUUCAGAUCCACAGCUUGAAAUUUUCAUGAGACUUCUAAGAAGUAGUGGUCUAUUUUUGAAAGCUGCCAUUCUGCUUUACCUGUUAAAGCCAAAGGCAAAACAGAUGAUAUCAAUUGAUUGGGUGGCACUAGUCCUUCGAGUGCUAGAGUUCGGAGAUCAGUUGCAGACCCUAUUCACGGUUCAAUGCAGUCCUCAAGUGGCAGCAUUGUACCUCUUGGACCAGCUUCUUACUGGUUUUGAUAAAGACAGAAACUUAGAGAAUGCUAGACAGGUGGUUUCUCUAGGGGGGUUGAGCCUUCUAGUGACACAAAUUGAGAGAGGGGAUACUCAUGAGAGGAACAAUACUGCUUCCAUCAUUUCGCGUUGUGUUCGAGCUGAUGGAAGCUGUCGAAACUACUUAGCUGAUUUUCUCAACAAGGCUUCUCUUCUUGAACUCAUUAUACUUGGAAAUGGCAGUAACUCUGCUGGCUCCGCAGUUGCUUUAUUGAUCGAAAUACUCUGCCUUAGUAGACGAAAGAAGAUCAAUGAAAUCCUUGAUGGACUGAAAGAAGGAUAUGGUGGGUUUAACACAAUGCAAAUUUUGUUGGUCCAUCUCCAAAGAGCUGCACCUGAAGAACGUCCACUAAUUGCAGCCAUUUUACUACAGCUUGAUCUUAUGUUCCCAUAUGGAGUAGCAGUUUUGUUGCAGGGAGACCCCUUCAGGAGCAGUGUAUAUAGAGAAGAAGCCAUUGAAGCAAUUAUAGCAGCUUUAAAUUGUCAAACAUGUCAUGAAAAAGUCCAGGAAAGAUCAGCAAGUGCUCUCUUAAUGUUGGGAGGCUGGUUUUCUUACACAGGAGAGGCAUCAACAGAACAUAGGCUUUUACAACAAGCAGGUUUCAGUUAUUGGCCAAGGGCUUCAUAUCACUUCAAAGAAAAUGUUAUAGAUGGUUUUGUACACUCAAACGAAGAUGGAGAAGCAACAGAAAAUUGGCAAAGGAAAGCAGCCAUUGUCCUAUUCAAAAGUGGCAAUAAGAAACUAUUGGUGGCUCUUUCAGAUUCAAUAGCAAAUGGCGUUCCAAGUUUAGCCCGAGCAAGCCUUGUCACUGUUUCAUGGAUGAGUAGCUUUCUAAAUACAGUUGGAGAUGACAAUUUGAGGACCAUGGCAUGCUCAAUUCUUGUGCCUCAGUUGCUAGAAUCACUGAAUUAUGACAGAGAUGUAGAGGAAAGAGUACUUGCUUCAUACUCAUUACUGAGUCUUGCAAAAAGUUCAGCUCAUGAAUAUGUCCCCAUGCUCUCAUCAGUAGACAAAGAAUUGCUCAGCAAACUUAAAAAUCUCUCCUUAGUGACAUGGACAGCUAAUGAGCUUAUUUCAAUCAUCACAAGCAAUUAAUCAAGGCAUCAAUCACUUUGAGACCUAGAAUUUGCUCCACAUGAAUGAAAUACCAGAAAAUGAAUUGAAUCUUCCUUGGAGGCAAGUUUAGCAGUGCUGGGAUUGGAGUGUCUCUCUACUGGGUCCCUUUUUCUUUUUCCUUUUUCUUUUUUUGAGUGUGUGCAUGUACUCCCCAUAUUUCUUUGUUAUGGUUUUCUUUGUUCCAUAAAUGGCUAUUUUUGUAUGGUGCAGCAUAUUUGCGGAAAAAAAGAUUAUUUAUCCAA